AUGGUUGAAAGCACAGAGGAGAGAGAGCUCUCACUAGUAUCCAAAUUGGAGCUACGUGUUGCUCUUGCAGACUCAGAUUCAAAGCUACAGAGCCUUCUUCAUACAUAUCUUGCACCAUUGUUACUGAAACUUGCAUCUGAGAAUGCCUCUGUCCGGAACAAGGUGGUGUCUCUUUGCCAGCACAUUAAUACCAGGGUCCAAUCGCAAUCCAUCGCUCUUCCGGUUGAGGCCUUAAUGAAACAAUUCAAAGAAACCAAUAAUUCCCUUAUCAGACACUUCGAUCUGAUUUAUAUCCGGCAUGGCCUUAAUCGGAUGGGCCCAUCGAGUCUUGAUCUUCUACCAUCCUUGCUUCAUGGAAUAUCCCAGUUCAAUGGCUCUGAGGCUCAAGCUUCUAUUGUGUUCAACUUAGUGCUGAAGCUCUUACCCCUUAUAAAACUGCCACCUAAGGGGAGCAAUGAGGAUUUAGAUUUAGAAAGCAGCAUGAAAUUGCUUCCGGGAGACAGCACAUAUCUCUCAUCCUGGUUUGGAAAGCUACUUCUUCUUACGCCCACAAUAGGUGCUUCUCCAGGGUUAUCUAUGGCAGAAACGAUAUUUUUAAGUCGCCAGACUUCAAAUGGUGAAACUUGGGACCCAGCCGCUCCUGGUGGUUUAAAUCUCAUAGACACAAAAGUGGCUGCUUUGAAAUUUAUAAACAGCGGUGCUUUCAAGGAUUCCGAUCGGUUCAUUCCAGCGUUGAUUGCAACCGCGGACGCAAACGCACGAAUAUCCGAUAUUGGAGACGAUAUACUCAAACGAUUUCGCCCAGAUUUGGAGUCUGAUCUCGUGGUUGAUCAGUUAUUUUCUCUUUACCUAGGGUCAACAGAGGCCGAUGGCGCCCUGCCCGCCCGUCCUGCGUUGAAAAUGAAAAUUCUCCAUUUUUUGAGUAAAUCUGUUCAAGCAACUACCAAAAGCCAGCAUAUUAUUCAAGUUCUUAAUGAUGGCCUCACAUCCGGCAGCCUAGGCGGAGCCAGGGGGUUAGAAGUAUCCAAACUACGACAUCAAAUUUUCUCUUUCGUCACUUGGCUGACGAGGAUGGGAGCGCCUUCAGACUUGAACUUGGUUUCACCCAGUAUCAUUAAAUCUCUGAGGGAAAUGGUCGAAGGUCAAGGUUGGCCAGCUACCAGUCAACCAUUAAAACCAGCUGAACUUAGUUCCAGGGCCCUCGCUUAUGAGUCCAUAGGGCUACUUGCUCCAAAGAUUGAUCCAUCCUUAACUGGAGGAAGUAACAACCCUAUUGAUAUUGAUUUACUUGAGUGGAUGUUUUCUUCCCUAAGCUGUGACACCUCUGGCCCUCAGAUUUUUGUUAGCAUUGAAGAGGCUCUUGGUGGAGUUCUCAACUCCAUCACCAAGGUCUUGGAUCAGAGCUCAAUAGAUCAGAUUCGCCCUAUUUUAAUCAGGUUCGCGACUGUUGAACCUGGGUCAAGAAAUCCAAUAAGUGGGGCCAACGUUGUUAGAAGCACUCGGUUUGCCGCCGUCCGAUUCUCCAACCGUUGUAUGCCAUACAAUGACAUUCACGGCAGGUGUAUUGAUUUGCUAGCCAUUGCUGGUGGCCAAGAUGGCGGGCUAGAAAUUGCUGAAGAGGGGAGGAAAGGGCUCGACCCUUACUGGUAUCGCAUGUUGAAUCCGUGUGAUAACAUCACAACUCCAAUCGCUGAAAAUAAACGAUACAUCUUUCCACGAUUCAAAGAAUUAGCAGAGUAUCUAUUUGACGAAGAUACUGAAGAAAAUGAUAUUCUCCGACAAACCCUUCAGUCAACCCUGGCUUCUGAGAAGUACGCCCUUGUGUACGAAAAUGCUAUCACAUACCUUCGGAAUAUACUACUUUGUGAGGCCUUGAUGGACACUGAUGCAAUUCAAGAUAUUGAGCACAAUUGGGAACAGCGUCUCGACAGUGUUCUUUCAAACAGCGAAGAUGCCCGAGCUUCUAUUAAGACGCAUCUUACUGAGUACGAUGACGUUCUUCCACUGUUUUUAAAGGCUUGCCUAAAGCAGCUACUUUCAAGCUCUGCACCAUUAAUUGGCCGGUCAGCUACCCACUUUCUUGAAAUUGCCUCUCUCACACCCAACAGGCUCCUUCACCCUCUAGUAAAGUAUUGCGAACCCCUAAUCGGUAUCUUGUUCAAAAGAGCACCACCUGACCAAGAUACGGCCGCUCAAGCCUUCGGCAUCCUGAUCAGCCACCCUAAUUAUCCUGAGGAGAACAGGGACCGGGCAUGGGAAACUCUAUCUCCCCAUUCUUCCAGUUGGCAGGCGGCCGCUGGUACUGCGGCAUACAAGGCACGCGGAGCGUUGUUAGGCCAGGCGUUUAUGCUCUCCCGGUCACGAAUUCGGGGUGCUCAGGUUCAAGGUCUACAUGAAAAAUCACAAGAAUGCCUAGACACAGCACUCGAUAUAUUGAAGAGCUCUCGCGAUUCUGCCUUUAAGAAAGCCGCUUAUGAUGUAAUUGGACAGCUCAGCCUUGCAGCUGCCAUUACUAUGGAUAACAUCAAAGAUGAUAAAUGGGAGGCAAUCUUUGAAUCUAUCUCUGCUGAUGCUAAAAAGCACAGUGAACCAGCUAUAGCCGCUCUUGGACGUUUAUCCCUAAUUAUCCCGAAAGGUGACGUUGCAUCUACUAAGUUAGAGCAAUUGCUUAAUCUACUUUAUUCUCUACAUGAAGUUAAAGUCAUUGAGGUGCAAUUUGCUAUUGGGGAGGCCUUGAGCAUAGUGGCAGCAGGAUGGCAGUCGGCUUCCCUGACUUCGUCUUUGGACGUGGAUAUUGAGAAGCCUUCCUCAAAAAUUCCCUCCCCUGUGCUUUCUACAAUUCUUGACAAGGUCAUGAGUGAUUGUAAAGCUCCCAAGCCAUCAUUGAAAAAAGCAUCAGUCAUAUGGCUUCUUUGCCUUAUACAAUAUUGUGGUCAAAAGGAAGAGAUUCAGUCUCGCCUCUGGAAAUGCCAACAAACAUUCAUCUGGUUACUUUCCGACAAGGACGAAACUGUUCAAGAAUCAUCAUCAAGAGGUCUAUCGCUAGUAUAUGAGCUAGGAAGCCAAAGCCUCAAAGACGACUUAGUUCGUGACCUCGUACGAUCAUUCACUGCUGACAGCUCCAAUAUGGGAGGUGGAAAGAUCUCUGAGGAAACGGAACUGUUUGAACCUGGAGCUCUACCGACUGGUGAUGGUUCAAUUACCACCUACAAAGACAUUGUAGGCCUUGCAUCUGAAGUUGGUGAUCCAAGCCUUGUCUAUCGUUUCAUGUCACUGGCUUCUAAUAGUGCAAUAUGGUCGAGUCGUGCUGCCUUUGGCCGUUUUGGUCUUAGUAAUGUUCUCUCAGACUCCAGUGAGAACGGGUAUCUUUCACAGAAUCCAAAACUAUACCCAAAGCUUUAUAGGUACAGAUUUGAUCCAAAUCCUAACGUACAAAGAUCGAUGAACGAUAUAUGGAACGCCCUUGUGAAAGACCCAAACGCUAUCAUUGACGCCAACUUUGACGCAAUCAUGGAGGAUCUCCUGCGAAGUGUCGUGGAUGGAAAACAAUGGCGCGUGAGGCAAGCUGCCUGCGCCGGUAUUGCCUCCUUACUCCAGGGAUGUCAGGUUGAAAAAUAUGACAAGUUUCUGAACGAAAUCCUCACAAAAUCAUUCAAAGUCCUUGAUGAUAUUAAGUCGACCGUACGGCAAGCGGCAAUGUCAUUAUGUCAAACGCUCAGUGAGAUUGUUUUGCGUGCUAUGGAGAGUGGUGACACGUCAUCAAAACGAGCCAAACUUAUGUUGCAACAUAUUAUUCCAUUUCUACUUGGUCGUGAAGGUAUUGAAUCGAGUGUCGAAGGGGUCCAAAAAUACUCCAUCCUAACCAUCACCAAGAUCGUCAAAAAAGCUCCAGGCCCGCUGAUCAGGCCGUUUGCUGCCCUUAUUUUGGAAAGACUACUCACAUCUCUGACGUCAAUAGAGCCUCAGGCCGUGAACUAUGUCCAUCUGAAUGCUGAUAAAUACGGAUUGACUGGUCAGGCCAUUGACAAAAUGAGGUUAACUGCUAUCAGAAGCUCACCCAUGAUGGAAUCAAUUGAGCUUCAUCUCCUCGACUCACUUGACGAAGCGAGUAUGGCAGAAGUUGUGCCUGCUUUGGAGGCUUCAAUACGUUCUGCGAUAGGCUUACCAUCAAAAGUAGGCUGCAGCCGAGUCCUGGUAAUCCUCAGCUCCAAGCAAAUACUGUUUCGCCCAUAUGCAGCUCGCUUUAUUCGUAUCUUAAGAAAACUUGUCUUGGACAGGAAUGAAACCGUCAGUGCGUCAUAUAGCUCUGCUAUCGGUUAUCUUACUCGCUUGGCUAGCAAUGAAGAUGUGCUAGAUACGAUCAAAUUCGCAAAGUCGCUUUAUUUCGGAUCGGAAGACACAGCGCAUCGCAUAGUUGCUGGUGAAAUUAUGAAUUCCAUGUCGAAAUUGGCAAACGAUAGGGUCCAAGCAGUUGCAGCGGCCUUUUUACCCUUCAUAUUCCUUGGAAUGCAUGAUACCACCGACGAGGUUAAGGAUUUCUUUUCCAAGACAUGGAAUGAUAAUGUGAGCGGUUCGCGGGUUAUUUCAUUGUAUCUCAAUGAGAUACUUGAUCUUGUCUCGGGCCAGUUAGACUCCCCUCAAUGGCCGAUCAAACAUGCAUCCGCUCUUACUGUGGCAAAAACUGUCCUUUCAAUAGACAAGAAUAUGGAUAUUCCCACAGCGAGGUCCCUCUGGCCACACCUCGAGAAGGCCCUUGAAGGGAAAACCUGGGAUGGGAAAGACAAAGUUCUUGAAGCGUUCGUUAAGUUUUCUAGUCUUUCCAAGGCAUUCUUGAAGGAACAGAGUGACGUCAAGAAUCGCAUGAAGGUCAUUGUGAUCCGAGAGGCCAAACGGAAGAACGCUGACUAUAGGCCAUAUGGACUGAGAGGACUUGGGCGUUUUGCUAGGAACCUGGAGGAACUUGAUAUGACAAAAGAAACACUGGCCGUAGUGUCCCCUAUUUUUGAGGAGAUGGUCGAAGAACUCAAAAGCGACAAGAUGGACAUUGAUUCGAAAGACAGUCGAGCACCAAACAUUGAAGACAAGACAUUUAAUGCAGGGAUAGAGUGUCUAUACAACGCUGCAAAUCCCAACAUUUCACCGUCAGUUCUUUGUGAGUAUCUCUCUAGUGUGUCGUCCAUAAUCAAGCCGAUAAUCACAUAUACCGGAAGAUCCGUAUACCCCACGUUAUUUGAUUGUGUUAAGGACCUUUUCAAUCGGGUCGACGAACAACUUCUCAGCGGCGGAGAGGAUGGUGGCAACUCAACAUCAAUGCCCCUGGACAAGAAACUCGCGUCGACUUUGUUCAAGGAGCAUGAGUAUUUGUUCGAAGACAUCGAUCUACCUAUUGAAAGCGUGAGAAGCAAAUAUGCCCAGGCAGUUUUGUCGUACGUCAAAACCUUGAAGAAGUGUUCCUUGUCACUCAGCAGUUCCCAGAAACAUCUGAUCGAGCAGUGGAAGGCCAACGAGCGGUCUGAAUCAGUCAAAGGUGUCUGGCACGAGAUUCUGGGGCAAAUAUAG